AUGAGAAAGGCCUUUUCAUCAUCCUCAGCUGUCAGAGGCAAGAUAAAACCUCCAUUACUCUUCAAACUGCUCGACACCCUCCCCAGCCAUGACAUCGCUGCAUUCCGAACCUCAUAUUUUCAGCCACAGCUCCCUGUCAUCCUCCCUCGAGGCCAUUUUGCCCAGCUCCCAGCUAUCCAGAAAUGGUUCUCAAUCCCUUCUUUCCCUUCCUCCUCCUCCGCUUACGGUUCUAGUGCUUUGCCCUCAACUAGUAGCCUCAAUUACACCUAUUUAGAGAAACACAGUGACUGCUCCGUCCCUGUCGAAUUCACUUCCUCUCAGAACCCUGACUCCACAGCAACUCCCGCCUUCCAGCGCCUAUACGCACCCCUAGGCCUAUUCCUCAACUGGACCAAAACAACUGCUCCGCUCAGUGCUGAGGGUAUUCCUCCCAAUACGAAUCUAUACCUUGCCCAAUGCCAACUCCUCGACCUUCCCCCAACACUCCGCUUAGACUUUCCCACCCCGGCUCUCGUCUCAAAGUCGGGCAAGGGAGAUGUAUACGAUACGAAUAUAUGGAUGGGCGUCCCACCCACGUACACUCCCCUCCACCGGGACCCUAAUCCGAAUCUGUUCGUCCAGAUGGCUGGGCGUAAGGUUAUUAGAUUGUAUGCUCCAGAUACGGGACUAAGGGUCUUUGAGCGGGUUAGGCGAACGAUUUUACAGCGGCAGAAGGAGGAUGCAAAUUUAAAAGUAAACAGUAUAACCGUGGGUGACGCCAAAUUCCGUGGGGAGGAGAUGAUGCAAGGGUUGGAGAAGGAGUUGCUUGAAAAGGACGUGUGGGGGGAUACUAUGGAAAUCGGGGUGGAUGGAGAAAGUAAAAGCGUCAGUCCGGAAAUGAAGGAAGGAUUCGAGGCGCAACUGAAUGCUGGAGACGGUAUUUUUAUACCAAUGGGCUGGUGGCAUAGUAUUAAGGGGGUUGGUGAGGGCAUCACGGCUUCGGUCAACUGGUGGUUUCGAUGA